AUGCCGCGUAAACACAAGGGCAAAGACGGCCCGCCUAAGCAGCCGCUCACUCUGGCUGAAUUGGCUGGCCAUGACGACGUGUGCUCAGAUGUCAUGAUCGACAAUGCAUUUUACAGGUUCAAGAUUCGAAAGUACCGACCUAAGCACAUCCCAGUCCGCGGCAUCAAGGAGGAACAGAUCCCUCAAAUAUUGCUAGAGCAUGUUAUUGUCGGCAAGAAUCCCGAGGCAGCGGAGAAGGUCCUGCUCAAUCUGUCCGGACUCAAGCGGUACCAGUCCACCCUCAGGACGAAAUCACAAAGGGAGCACUUCAUAGCACACCUCCGCAAGUACAUCCUCAUGUACCAGACAGACUGCCCGUGGGAAGUCUCCAGCACCAACCGCUACACCAUCACCACAUAUGAAGCUGCUGUCACAGCAAGAAGGCGCAUCAGACAAGGCGAGGUCAUCAAAUAUUUGACUGGUACACUCGUACCAUUGACCACGGAGGAGUCAAUGGAUCUCGAUAUCACCAACAGAAACUUCAGCAUAGUCGUCAACAACCGAAAGAAGAGCGACCAGAUGUUUCUUGGCCCGGCUCGAUUUGCCAACCAUGACUGCAACUCGAAUGCCCGUCUGCAGAUGGAGGGCGUUGACAGCAUGAGAGUGGUCGCAACGAGGAAUAUCGAUAUUGGCGAGGAGAUCACAGUAUCGUAUGGCGAGAGCUACUUCGGUCCCGACAAUGUUGAAUGUCUAUGCGCCACAUGUGAAGCCAAUAGCCGCAAUGGCUGGACUUCCCGGGCUGCCUUUACUCAACCUGGCAGUGGUUCUUCAACGCCCAUUCCUGACAUUGCGAGAGCUGCAGAAAGCAACAAAAAGCGUAAGCGAGAAGACUCCUCAACUCUGCGAUCAUUGAAGAAGCUGAAAGCUGGACCAUCACCAUCAAAAUUACAAUAUUCAUGGACACCACCUAGCACGUCAAACUCCGAGAUCGCACAAGAAGACGCCGAUGGGGCAAGAGACGCAAUUACUGUAGUCUCUCGUGCAGGUACAGACGAGCUCUCAACCCCACAACGAGACAACAAGGGGCGCUACCUGCCUUCGCCCAAGAAUGUGAGGACCGAGCCCACCAGAAAUCGCGUCAGCAGAAGGAGCAGCAGCAUUCGGAGAAAGUCUUUCCCUCUGUCACCAUCCACAACGUCACCUUCAAGUCACGAGUCCGAGAAUGGCUUAAAUGCAGAACUUGGCGACACCAUCACGGUCAAAAUAGAACAGAUCGAAAAAGUCACAGUUGAGACAGACGAGCUGACAGACUUGAUGAAUACGAAAGCCGACAAUAUAGCAAUCCAGCCGGCCGAGGAGGACACCACGAACGCACUCGGCGCCGAUCAAGAGAUGAUCGACAUCUUCAAGGAUGCUCAUUCCGAGCUCCCGACCGCUCCCGCGAAGAGCGUGACAAGGCUCUCCAUGACCAAGGUCUCAACAGUCGCAUCUAUUGAGCCGACCCUCCAAGUCACGCCCGCAGUGGUCCCCUCGAUCGAAGCAGCCGCUCCUAUCAGCACGACGAAAACGACGGCCGCCCUCUCCGUGCAAACCAUCUCGCCCCUCAUACGCGUUCCAGGCGACUACGUUCUCACACGACGACUUCUCGCCCAACCACACGACAAAUGGGUCCGCUGCCAGAACGACCACUGCCACGGCUUCUUCUUGCAGUCUAAUGGUUACUUGACGCGUCGUGAAUGUCCACGCUGCGAGCGUCACUCUAUGCUCUACGGCUUUCCCUGGCCCAAGACCGAUCCAGAUAUCCGAAUACUGUUAGCGCGACAGCAGAAGAGCAAGAAGAAGACCGAUGAAGGAGGAAGCGGAACAUUCUCAGCAUAUCGCCGGCAAGGCAAGUCCGGCAAAGGGUCGUGGGUCGAAGGGGGCGGAGAUGACGAGGAGAGGGUCAUGGACCAUCGCACAAUCCAUCGGUUCGUGGGGCCGGAAGAGGAGAAAGAGAUGACCCGCAAGGGUCUGCUGAUUGCUGCGGAAGAAGCAAAGCGCAUGGGCGAGGAAGACUGGGUCGGGCUGAAGGGGUUGGACGGGCAGGGCAGGCGCAGUGGAACAGAAACCAGCGACCAUGGCGGAGGCCGUGGACAGAGUUUCCGUGAAAGCACAGAAGACGGGAGUGCGUCGCCGAUGGGUUACCACAACGGUGGGAUCGGAAUGCUGGGCGAGCUAAUGCGAGAAGAGGGUGUUGACGGCGAAGGCAGGCGGCGCAGUGGACGCAUCGUGGAGAGCCGGGUGUAUGUCAAUGUUGACAUGAAGCGCUAG